AUGACAAACAACAUCACUAAUAUCAUAAAUAUCGUUGUUAAUGCACUCCCACCACCUCCUCCAUCCACCUCCGCCAACCAAACCUCCCCAUCUCCCUCUGCCUCUGGGACCUCUCGGUCCAUAGGCGAACAGUUGGUCGACGACCCGGGCUUUUGGGCCCUUAUGCCGGUCUCCAAGGACGAGGAUCUUGAGGGCACCCCCCUCAGAGAAGUCACUGUGGGUGGGCAGCCCACGAAGACCGACGAGGAGAUCGCCGAAGAGGAUAAAGCCAAUGGCCAUCCGCCUCCUGGGGCCUUCGGGACCCUCAAGACCCCUGACGCCCCCGAGACCCUCGAAAUUCGGCCGCCAGCUGGGAUGGCUAGCUCGAUAUGCUGA